AUGAAGGGGAUUGUCAGAAUAAGACUUGCUAGAUUCGGCAGAAAGCACUCUCCGGUAUAUAACAUUGUUGUGUCCAGGGCUAGAACUGGAAGAGACACAAAACCAAUAGAAGUCAUCGGUACUUAUAAUCCAAUACCUGCUCCUUUGCCACUAGAACUCAAAAAACAAGGGGCUAGACCAGUCAAGGAUGUUGCCUUAGAUUUCAGCAGAGCCAAGUAUUGGUUAGGUGUCGGGGCUCAACCAACUGAACCAAUAGUGAAAUUGUUCAAGAAAGCCGGAAUUCUCAAUAUGGAAUGGCCUGCUCCUUCAGAAGUUCUCAAGCCAAUCAAUGAUAAAGUUGCUGUUCCACAAAAGGAUAUUUUGGAAUGA